GGAGCUGGCGGCCGAGGUGCGGCUGGAGGAGAGGGGCGAUGUCGCCGCUACCGGCCCGAGGCGCAUCGAGGUUCCCCGGCCCCCCUCCAUCGAGGAGUUCACCAUCGUGAAGCCCAUCAGCCGCGGUGCCUUCGGGAAGGUGUACCUGGGCCGCAAGGCGGGCAGGCUCUAUGCCGUGAAGGUGAUGAAAAAGGCAGACAUGAUCAACAAAAACAUGGUUCACCAGGUCCAGGCAGAGAGGGAUGCACUGGCUCUCAGUAAAAGUCCUUUCAUUGUGCACUUAUACUACUCACUUCAGUCAGCUAAUAACAUCUAUUUAGUGAUGGAGUACCUUAUUGGUGGCGAUGUCAAAUCUCUUCUCCAUAUUUAUGGAUAUUUUGAUGAAGAAAUGGCUGUUAAGUAUAUUUCUGAAGCAGCAUUGGCUCUUGACUAUCUUCACAGGCAUGGGAUAAUCCACAGGGAUCUGAAGCCAGACAAUAUGCUCAUUUCUAAUCAGGGCCAUAUAAAGUUGACAGACUUUGGGCUUUCCAGAGUUACUCUGAACAGAGAGAUAAAUAUGAUAGAUAUCCUUACUACACCAUCAAUGGCAAAGCCAAAACAAGAUUACUCGCGUACUCCAGGACAAUUGUUGUCUCUCAUCAGUUCUCUGGGCUUUUAUACUGCCGGAAUGAAAAUGCCAGGGUGCAAUUCAAGUCCAUCAUCUGACAGUCUGCAUGAAGUGUUUUCUCCCUUACCUAUGGUCCAAAAGGAAAAUACCCCUCUUUCAACUAAAUUAUUCAAAACAUAUCUUGAUACUUCUCAGUUAACUCCUGUGAUGCCAGUGAGAAGUUUAACUCCUACUCUGCUUCAGUCAAGAAAAAGGUUUGGUACCUCCAGUGUCAGUAGUCAGUCACACACAUACCUGUCCAGUAUGGAAUCAGAAUGCUACAGCAGCCCCAGGUGGGAGAAAGAUGUAGAGCAAAGUGAAGAUGAACUAUGUUCUACAACAAGCAAAACAAGUAACAGUGGAUCAGAUCUCCUUUCAAAUGUAGAAUUGCUGAAUAGCAAUGGUAUUAAAAUUUUAAAGAAAAAAGAACUGGAAUCUGCCAUUUCUCCCAUCAACAGCAAUGAUUCUGGCAGUAGGCAGAAGUUGGGAAGUGAACAUUCUGAUAUAACAGAUACUCCUGUGACCACACUUGAUGCGAAAGGCAUAGUCAGAAAAUGUCUUUCUGAAAAUAAGAUUUGGGAAGAAGAAGUCUUUGUAAAUAAAAGAGAUAGGACUAAUGAAACAGCAGAAACUUCCAAUCAACAAAAGUCACCUUCAGGGCAGAAUGAACCUGUCAAGCCUAUCAAAGAGGAAGAAAUUUUUGAAAAGCCAGGUGUAAAAAGAAGCUUUGAAUUAGUUGACACUAGUCCUUGUCAGGAACUUAACUAUGUUAAAAAAACAAAUGCAGAAUAUAAACGUGGCUGUCAGAUCUCAGAAUUUCCAGCAAACAGAAAGACAGGUUUGACAACAGAAAUUCAAUCCUUAAUGCUUUGUGAUGAUGGAUCCCUAUGUGACACAUGCAAAAGCAAGGAAGAAGUUAAGAGUUUUAUUGGUAACCAGCAAACAGUAGAAAAAUCACUUACUCCAAUUAUAGCCAAAAACCUUAUGCAUGAUCUGGAUGCAGACUAUGAAAAGGAUGAUAAAAAGGAAUAUAUGAACUCAAGUUUUUUAGGCACUGAUGAUGAAAAACCUUUAGGAAUCCUCAGUGCAGAUUCUGACUUAUUUCCUGAAACGUCUGCUACAGAAAGCCAUUUAGAAAAGCAGCUUCUAGAUUUGGACAAAAGUGUUAAAGACCUCUCCUUUGAGGAAGCAAAACCAGAAGGCAUGCUAAUAACAUCACCAGAGUCCCGAGGUGUCUCACAAAACAGAGAGGAAGCACAUACUGCCCAGGACUGCAAGCUGUUACAUGUAAAGGAUGAUGACCAAAAACACAUGAAAGAAACUUACCUUGACACAGCAUCUUCUCCUUCAGAGAAGAUGACGGAAGCACUGAAUCUCUUUAAAAAAAAUGCUGUUGUUUUUCGAAGUUAUAAUAGUCCAAUUAAUAUAUCAAAUGUAUCUGAGCCAUGUAGCAUGGCUUCCUUAGAUAUAAUGGAACUUUCACCUGCUUGUAGUGGCUCUUACCCAACAGCUAUUACUCCAUUACAGAAAGGAGGACCACAUAGGGUCUAUCAGACCCCUCAUCAGGGAGAUGCUGGCACGCCAUAUAGAACUCCAAAGAGUGUAAGAAGAGGAGCUGCCCCAGCAGAAGGUGAACGCAUCCUAGGGACCCCGGACUACCUGGCACCUGAGCUGCUUUUGACAAAACCUCAUGGGACUCUGAUCUCUGGUUCUGCUGUGGACUGGUGGGCCCUUGGAGUUUGUCUGUUUGAGUUUCUAACUGGAAUUCCACCUUUUAAUGAUGAAACACCAACACAAGUCUUCCAAAAUAUUUUGAAAAGAGAUAUUCCCUGGCCUGAGGGUGACGAAAAGCUGUCUGACAAUGCCCAAAAUGCAAUAGAUAUUCUUCUAACAAUUGACAGUACUAAGAGAGCUGGACUGAAGGAACUGAAACAUCACCCUCUCUUUCAUGGUGUGGACUGGGAUAAUCUGCAGAAUCAAACUAUGCCAUUCAUACCUCAGCCAGAUGAUGAAACUGAUACUUGUUACUUUGAAGCUAGGAAUAACGCUCAGCACCUGACUGUGUCUGGAUUUAGCUUAUAGCAUCAAGAUAAGUGAACUUUCUCCAUGUUUUUGCACACUUACAGGUUGUCCAAGAACACUAGUUUGGUCUUAUCUAAAUUUCCUUGCUAAAUUUAGAGUGUAUUUUAAGUUAUCAGUCUGUUUGUUUUUAUUAUUGUAUCCUUUAUUCUAAAGCAAAACUACUGUAUGAAACUUAGCUGGUAUCAAGUGCCUUCAUGCUACUUUUUAUCUCAUGUACUGCACCUUACUAAGAGGCCAGAGCGUUGUAUUUCUUGAAGCCAAUAACACUUGGCAACAAUGGGGCUUUUUUUAAUAGCAAUGAGUAACUCCACUUAGGAGGUGUGAAGUUAUUUCCCAGUUAAACAUAACAGGGAAAGGACAUAAAUGCAUGCUAAUUGUAUCUAAUUAUAAUUUACCUAUUGGUGGCUCAGUGUAACAGCAGUCUUGUUUGGGAGUAGUCCUUUCUGACCAGUUUGAAUAUGUAUCCACUGUGCAAAACUGAUGGUUUUAUUCAAGGUGGAAAAUGGAAAUCUUAACGCAACAUUGCAACAUCUUACUGCUGUUUCUCCCUUAGCCCGAGAAGGGUUAAAAGACAGUGUUGUUCACAGUUAAUGCUACUAGAUGCAGCAUGUGAGGCUGACAGCAGUUCAACUAAUUGUUAUCCUUUCCUGCACAAAUAGGGGUAGGGAAGGGAUACUUGGGGCAAGUCUGUUUAAACUGUUGCAUUGUAACCACUGACACUGUAGGAAGAUGGACUGAGCAGCAUACAUUUUAGCAAUUAUUUGUUUUAAAUAGAAAAUGCUGAGUAUAUGUGUGUUUUGUACUCAUCCAUAUCAGAUGAUAGAAAACAAAAAAUCACCCGAGUGUUAGCUAAGUGAAGUAUUAUUCAUACUGAAGCUGCUAUGUAUUAAAGACUAUAACAGAUUGCAAAUUAACAGUGUGUUCUCUAAACUCACACCCAGAUCUUAGAUUUUACUAGAUCUUAAGUUACAAGUGUAUAUUCAGUAUUAUAAAUCCUAAUUGGGGGAAGUAUGUUAAAUCAAUUUUUAAAUGCAACACAAAACGUGCAUCUGCUAGGUCUUAGAUUCAUUUGUAGGUUAUUCUGUUUAAAUUAUCUUCCAUAUUUUUCUUGUAUUGGUAUAUUUCUUAGCUUACUGAAGACUUUAUCUAAAUACAAACCUGAAACAUCACUUGUGCUAGGUGGUGGUGCCAGCCACUGGCCUCAAUGCUAGAAGCCGAGCAUUUUGCUAGCCAUUUUUGCCAAGUGACUUUCAAGUGACAUGAACUGACCCUUCUUGCAGGGGGAGUGAGUUGUCCCUUCAUUGCCCUGCUGCCUGGAAAAGAAGAUUUAUUGAUGGAAUUCUGAGCAAACAGUGUCUGCUAGGCUUCCUGCUGUCCCCUCGGGUUUCCCCUUGGAAAGGAACGGAGGAGAAAAAGGAAGUUUCCUAGGAGGAUCAAGAGAGCUAACACUUAACGGCUCAGAAUGAGUUACCACACCUAGAGCUGGGAUUUGUCAGAGUGAAACAGUCUUGGCAAGGUGCAGAACAUAGUGACUCUCGCUCCCUUUGUGAAGGACUUUAAUUUCAAUAUAAUUCAACAGUUUAGAAGUUUUCUGAAACUGAUGUUAUGUGAAAAAGGUGCAAUCAAUCAAAUGUAAUACAUCACUGAAGCAGUAUCCUUAGAUGACAUUCUCUGAAUAUACUGAGUUCUUCAGCAUUUUUCCUGUGUAUAGUUAGAAUAGAUAAACUGGAGGAAGAAUAUCUUAAAUUAAGUAAUCACUGGUAUUUUAUGCAAUUUAUUCUUCCAUUUCUAGUAAUCUGGUUUAAGAAAACUAAUCUUAGAAGAAUGAAUCUCUAAAAAUACUCUAGGAAAAUACUCUAAAAACAUGUUAGGAAAUAAUGUAAACUGAACACCACAACAGCUCUUUGUCUUCAGUACUUUACAAAUGUUUACAACCUGUUCCUGUUUUUGCAGUAGAACACAUUCCCCUCAAGACAGAAAAAAAAUACAGUGGUAUAACACUUUAAAGAUAACCUCUAACUCUCUGAAAUAAUUCUAUAGAACAAUAAACAGGGCAACUGGCAAAUCGGAAUGUUCAAUGUAAACAGUUAUCACUACACUGCUGCCCAGAACUGUUAAAUUCUGCAGUUACCACUGAAGACCUGCAGUACCCUCUUCUCUUAAGAAUCUUGCAUUUAUGCUGAUCAUAGCCAACAGGGUUUAACGUGUUGAUUGUUGGGAUCUGUGGCAUGGUUUUGUUUGUUGUGGGGUUUUUUGGGGGGUUUUGUGUGUUUUGGUUAAAAAGGUGAAUCCUAGCUUUAUUUUUCAACAUGGAAUUCCUCGUCAACCCUUAAUCCCAUUGUGUUUUUCCCUACUUACUGCUUGACUUGAAAUAUGAUAGGGAAAAGUACAAAAAGCUGUAAUGUAGUAGCUGAAAGAUUUAAAGCUUCUUCUCAUUAGUAAUCAACUGCAACUAUUUGUGUAAGCAGGCACAAGUUUCUGGUUCUUGGAAGCUGUAAAAUACCACUUGGGAAGUGCUCUAGCUGUUAUCUUGUGGUUUUUGAAGGCCUAAACUUUCUUUAUGUGCAUAACCUACAUAUAAACUCUGUAAUUUCCAGGUUACCUUUGGAGACAGUUCAUCUGCUAUUAGCUGGCCAGAUGUGUGCUAAAAACUGUAGAGAUCAGCAACUGUCAUGCUUUUUCAUCCAGAAGCAGCAGUCCUGGACAACUCUAACUACCAAUAACUUGCUGUUAGUUAGGUUCACCUAUAGGCUGCACAAUGUUUAGAGGCCAAGACGCUGAAAUGCUGCUGUGUUGUCUUGAGCUUCCAGUUUCAGCAUGAUCAGGUUUCACCUAUGGUUACUCUUAAAGUAAAAUGCAUUCUUUUCCUCUAUGUUCUCAAAAAAUUUACUUUGCACACUUUUGUCUAAAUAGAUAAAAUAAAACACUGCAGUCUUGCUAUUGCUUGCUUCUGCAUUUUAUUGUCUUUAAAGCGUCUCAUACUUGUGAUGCUGCAGGGGCAUUGGGAGGUGGACUGUAUCCCCCUACCUCAAAGACAGUGCUUAUACAUAGGGAAAUUCCCAAUAGUUUCUAAUACAGGUUUGUGUGCCCUUUACCCUCCUGCAACCUUGAUUACAAGCUAUACUUGUGCAUGUAAUGGCAGGAGAGCAUGGAGUCCUUAGAUAGUCUGUGAUGCCUGCUGGGAACCUGCUGCUCUGGUAACUACAGUGAGUCAGACAGGAGCACUUACUGUGCUGCUGCA